AUGAAGAUGGCAGAACUGAUUCCAAGGCGUCUAUUCGCCAUCUUCGAAGAUGACCAGCCUGGACCUCGAGCACCUCAACAGAGUUCCUUGCUAGGGAUAGCGAUAUACAGUUCAUUGUCAUGUCUUCCAUUACUACUUACAUGCUAUCUAUUCUGGCGCCGGGUUAGAGAAGUCCGCUGGCAAAGCAUUCGUCAUAUCUCCUGGAUACGGUUCCUCGUCUACGCCAGCUACAUCGUCUCGAUCGCAUUCUUCGUAACAGCCAUUGCCAUCUCUGGGGUUGGCAUUCAUACUAGCGGCUUCUGUCGGACAGCAAUCUACUUCUGCAUCGGCUUCCUGUUCACCGGCAGACUUACGACGCAACUCUUCCUCAUCGAACGAGCACAUAUCGCAAACUUGGACUACCUCCGCCGCCGUGAUGAUCCUAUCUGGAUUCUAUCUACAGCAUGUGUGGGUGUCUUUGCUACCUUCUUACUCAUCUGGAUGUUUCUCAACCCUGUCGCAUACAUGGCCAACAAUGAUGGCAGGUGCCGCAAAGGUCUUCCCCGAGAAGUCGUGGCACCGCUGGAAGUCUACGAGAUUGUAACAUACAUCGUCCUCACUGGCGUCUUCAUUAUGAUUCUUCGACGCACCAGACGUACAGAACUGUUCCCAUCGGUACCCGAACGCUUCACCACCUUCGGCAAAGCCUUGAAUCGCAUCAGCCACGUUGGUAGACCCAGCAGCACGAACAAAACCACCGAUGUCGAAUUGGUCGAGGUUGACAUCAACUCGGAUGUUGUCGUCUUGCCUGCCUCGACAAGGCCUUGCAGGAUCCGCGGACUAGCGCAUAAGUCGCUAAUCGGUACUUUUUUGAUCCUAGGCUGGGGCGUCAUCAAUUCCACCAUCUUCUACGUCACCGGCGGGAGAGAGCACGUUUGGCUUUGCUUUACACAGUGCAAUAUGGACAUUUUCCUUUCCGUCUGUGUACUCCACUGGCUCACCGCGAAUCCCAAGGAGUUCGAACGCAGUAUGAGAGAUGAGAGGCUUUCGGUGACUGAAUUGCCUGUCUUUUUGCGAGGUGACUCAAUAGCAGAGCCUGAGUCCGCUAAACUUCCUUCUUCGUCUUCUUCGGUCGUUUGA